UUUUUUUUCAUUUAUUUGACACACAGCGUGAAACUCUCUUGUAAAACUCUUUCAAAUUGGGAAAAAUGUCUGAUAUACCUCCACCAUUUCGUGUUUCUCCAGUGAUUAAGUUUUUUAGAUAUUCUUUUCUAUGUACCGGCGUAGCGUACGGUUUCCUCAAACACCAAGCUUUGAAAGCUUACGAGAAUAGUAAACAAGAAGAAAAGGAAAUGAGACGCGCUCAAAGAUUGCUCGAUUUGGAAGAGAAGAAACGUUUGUCGGCCGAGAAAGAUUUUGAGCAAAUUAUCGCUAUUUUCACGCCACCUCCUCCGCCUCAGCCUAAAAUUGGCGCUGAAGAGCAAGGAUUCUUCUUUGGAUCAAAAGGUGCGGAACCUGAAAAAUGCGAAUCAAAAUACGAAGGUAUUUAUAACGAUGACAGCAAUACUUUGAUCGAAAAAGUCGAUUCCUUUGAUUCUAAACCAAAUGAGGCGGAAGAUACGAAAGACAUGACUUCAGCUAUAGAUACAGAAGAAAAUACUGUACAAGAAUAUGAAGAAAAACAAAUUACCAUAACUGAAGAUAAGAUUGAUAAUUAUUUAUUACCGGAGGAAAACAAGGAUGAUGUAUAUCCUGAUGAUUCGGGUUAUUGGAUUAAAGAUAUAACUGAUGAAGUUCCUACUUCGCCAGAUGAGGAGAAACCUAGUAGUUUCUUCGAACCAAAAGAAUAAUUUCUUUGUUAAAAAGCGAAUUCUGUCUUUUUUUUUGUUAAUUAUGUUUCAAUUUUUGUAAAAUCUGUACUCAAUUUCUAUAAUUAAUAUGUAAGAUUUUUUAAGUCAAUAAAUAAGAGUUCCAAUUUUUUGUCUAUGUGUGUUUGCGAAAUAGCAAUAACUCAAUU